AUGGCUCUAUACAUCGUCUUCGGCACACGCAACAAACACCGUUCGUCCUAUCGACUUUCUGGACAGGAAGCGCCUACCAUCGAUGUCUGCAUAACAUGCUGCGGAGAAAAGCUCGACGUCAUCAUGGAUACAGUUGCGGGUGCCGCCAUGCAGGACUACCCCUCGGCGAGCUUUCGCGUCUUUGUACUUGACGACGGCGGAAAUGCAGCGCUGAAAGAUGCCGUUAGCGACUAUAACCGCUUGUAUGGCACAUCGGUUGAAUACCUUGCAAGGACUAAGUUGAAAGGCGAGUCUCACUUCUACAAAGCGGGAAACCUUCGCUUCGGGCUGGAGACGACAGAGAAUUUUGGCAAGGGCUCCGAAUACUUUGCCAGUCUGGAUGUCGACAUGAUAGCGGAGCCUGACUGGCUUCGCCGAGUUGUGCCGCAUCUUAUUCUCGAUUCCGGUAUGGCGUUGGCAUGCCCAGCACAGUGGCAUUACAACAUUCCCAACCCAGACCUGCUCGGUCAGGCCGGCCCGGCAUCCAUGGAAAUUUUCGAACCGAUGCACGACAACAUUGGCCUCUCGCAUUGUUUUGGCUCGGGUUAUAUUGUCAGGCGCAGCGCGCUCAAGCAAGUUGGAGGGUGGCCCAAAGUGCCCGUCGGCGAGGAUAUCUUUUGCUCCUACAUGCUGGCUGGACAUGGAUGGGGUAUCGCCUUUGUAAAGGAGUUCGUACAAUACGGUCUUACCGCAGGAUCUUUUGAAGCACUCAGCAGACAGAGGAUGCGCUGGACUAUCGUUUCUUUUACAGCCACAGGAACAGUUCAAUCGGCAGUCAACGAGCGUCAGGCCCGCCUGCGCAAAGGACUCGCGACCCGAAUGCUGUCAUGGACGAUGUUGGCGUACUUUGUUUACACCACGUCUGCCCUGGCGGCCCUGGGAUCGGUCCUGAUAAACAAGCCGGGUAGAGGCGGGCAAGGUACAGGCGCGGCACUACGUCUGGUAGAGUGUGUCUACAAAGUGUCGGUGCCGCUCCGGUACAUGACAUCCCCGCCCACCGUUGCGGAGCGACGAGAACUCAUGGAGCAGGAUGAGUUGGGCGUAUACCGACCGAAAGAGAAAUAUACCAUGAAGGCGCACGUUGCUCGCGAAAUCCCAACACACAAUGCUGGAAAUCACGAAUCUGAGACGUCACGGCGCAGAUGGGCUGCACUACUCGGCCCGCACCUGGCACACGCCUUGAAUGCCAGCGAGUCGUAUACAACCAGCGACAUCAAUGGCCACCUUGCCUUCUUCAACGACCACGUCUGUUCCUGGCUGGGACAAGGGCCGCCGAGCCCACUGCGCCCUGCUUUUCCGUCGGCGUUAACAUGCGAUGCGACACCGCUGGAAUUAAGCUACAGCUGGAAUGGCACCACGUCGGUUGCGGUCCGCUAUGUCGUCGAUGUGGUUGCGCCAGACAAGACUCUGACUCGUUCGGCGUCUCUCUCCGCCGCCCGUUUGGCGAUUGACGGGUUGACGCGUGCGGGAAGCGGCUCCGGGGCGUACCGUAUCGACAUGCUGCCGGAUGUGUGGGUGGCGGUGACGGCGCGCCUCGCCUACUGGGAGCACACCGUUCACCCGGCCCUCGCAUGCGACUUAUGCAGCCCUUCGUCAACGUUCAUCGGCUUUGACCUUGCUGCUUCAUGCGCACGCGGCAAGCUGUAUUGGCUACUACCUUCCUGUCUCUCUCCCCAAGGCCUGCUGGACCUCUUGGACGACGUCUUCGCGCUGUUGCCAUCCGACAUCGUCGCUCACUGGCGUCACGUGCGCCACUACCUAAGCUCGCAUGGCGCCAGCGAGUUGAGGCCGCGCAUGCUCUCGAUUGAUGCUUCGCACUACCCUGCUUCGCGCAUCAAGCUAUACAGCCGCUGUUAUUUCAACUCGCACGCCUCCUUCUCCGCUAUAGAAGUCCUCCUCACUAUGGGCGGGGCCAUUCCGCUCCCCCCACACAGCCACUACGCGACCCUGUGGGCCCGUCUGCAGGCCAGGUACCGAUCAGAUCCGCCACAGUCGCGCUACUGCAUGGUUGUGUACGACAUAUUACCCUUGCAGCUCAGGAGUAAGCUCUACUGGUUUGCUCACCAGAUGCCCUGCGGCGACGGCCUCGUCAUCAACGACAUCCUCGCCGACUUCGCCCAGCCCACUGACCUACUUCGACGCCAACUCCGCGCUGGCCAUUUGUCCGAAGAGUCCAACUUCAUACGGGAAAUUGGUCUGGCUCAACGAGACGGCGCUUUCGACAUUGCCACUUACAUCAGCCCUGCUUUGUUUUCCUCGUAG